AUGCUCCUGUAUCAGACCCUCGGCGCCAAUAGCCUCUCGGUCAGCAAAUACGUCAGCGACCGGACAAGCGACCUGCCCUGGGCCACGCAGCAGCUGAGCCUGUCCAUCCUCGACGGCUCGCCCAUGGCCCUGGCCCGGAUCGGCAACCCGACCACCCGGUCGGACACCCGCUUGUAUCUGGCCAACUCUGACGAGAACAUGGUGCAGUAUCAGUUUGACUUUCAGACCGGGACCCUGGGUAGAUCUUCGUCAACGGCCUUCAAGCUCUCUCCGCAAAGCCCGCUCGCCGUCAUCGCGCGUGACAACACGGGCUUUUACAGCCGCGACACCCUGCCCGCGUGCGCCCGCGCCGCGCCCUACACGCACCUCGUCCUCUUCGCCUCCCCCGACCGCUCAUCCCUCUCGCUCGUGUCGUGGAACUGCUCCGGCGGCUUCGCCGAGCAGACCGCCAAGAUCAAGCCCCUGCUGCUCGUCCGCGACCGCCCCGGCCGGACCUAUCUGGACCUGGCGGCGCCACAGCCCGACGGGCUGGCCAACACAACGCCGUCCUCGGGCAGGGUCUACGUCCUGUUCGACGCCGGGGACGGGCCAGAGGUCGAGGAGUGGGAGGCCCCAGACGGGGGGACGGAUGCCGCGUGGAAGGUUGUCGGGUCAGUAUCUGUCAAGUAGAACAUAUACGUGAAAUUCUU